CCUGCCGCUGUCCCGCUGAUUUUGGAAGUCACUUCCAGGGUGGUCUUGUGUUUGGUUCACCCUUCUUCACUGUGCCGGUGAUUGGAUGUCUGCCAUCCCGCGUAGUCCGUGGCCCCGGGGUGGGUCCAGCUUUAUUCACCGCAGCAGCAGAUUGUGUGCCGCUUUUUUGGUUCUGUAAUUUGGAAGUGCCUGUUUGUUGCGCAUUUCUUGUCUUUUCCCCUUUUUUUUUCUUAUGUUGGGCAGCAGUGGACUGUGUGCCUUUUUGUUGAUUCUGUGAUUUUGAGGGUCCUGGGGUUUCAGUUUGUUGCGCAUUUCUUGUCGUCUCUUCCACGUUGUGUUCUUUCUUGUCUUGGGCAGCAGUGGACUGUGUGCUGCUUUGUUGAUUCUGUGAUUUUGAGGGUCCUGGGGUUUCAGUUUGUUGCGCAUUUCUUGUCGUCUCUUCCACGUUGUGUUCUUUCUUGUCUUGGGCUUGCUCCAAACCUACUAAACUAAAGGCAACUCUCUUUACAGUGCAUUUUCUCGCACAUUGAUUUAGGUGCAAUGGGGCGUCCGUCAAGCCUACAACGCCACAUUCUGAGCAGCAUGCUCCUGAAGGACUUGGCUCAUUAGGUGAGGCCACAAGGGGCUGUACUCCUGCCAUCUCCAUGCACUGAUGCGCUGUUGCCAGCCACCAACAUCUGACAAGCGAUGGGUCUGAUCUCCGCUACACUUAGCAGCUUCUCGUUCCUCGUUUUUAGGAAAUCACGGAGGCUUACAUCAAGUACUUCAAAGGUCAGACAAAUGUCAUCUGCAAAUUCAAAAUGCUUGAUAAACUUUACCAGAUUGUGCUUGUCAACAUCGAGUUCUUUGAGUCUGGACAAGUAUUCAACCUCUUUUUUGCCGAAUACUUUGCUGCUACUCCAGAUCACUUUUAGAGCGACCAGCUCUUCACUGUCGGCUUUUUUGCACAAAGCCACUUUUCCAGAGAAACCGCUUCCAAUGACCUUUUCGACGUAGUAUGAGUCGGAGCUGUCCUGAAUUUCGAUGUGUGGUUUCAGCCAUGCCACUCCGGCUUCCUCCCACAGUCCAAAAAUAUGCUGAGGUUAAUUGAUCAUUCUAAAUUGCCCGUAGGUGUGAAUGUGUGAGUGCUUGUUUGUCUUUGUAUGUGGCCCUGCGACAGACUGGCGACCUGUCUAGGGUGUCCCCUGCCUUCGCCCGAGUCAGCUGGGAUAGGCUCCAGCCCCCCCGCGACCCUAGUGAGGAUUAAGUGGUGUAUAGAUAAUGGAUGGAUGGAUGGAUGGUUUCAGCCAUGCCAUUUUUGAAUAAAAAAAAUCUGAUCAGAAGUAUUCCAAAGUUCUCAGAGAAGUCCGGUAUUUAUAGCCUCAGCUGAAGCCACGAAUGACGUCAGAAUAACGUCACAGUCUAAUGACGUCUGAGCGUUCUUACUUUAAAAUGUUUUAUUGACUUAUAUUCAGUUCUUGUUGUUGCUUUUUGAUAUGUUGUACCUCCAGUUUUGAAAGAUGCUCAAGAAAUAACAUAAUUGUUAUUAGUGGUAAUAGAGUGGAUUAGCUUAGUUUUGACAGGGAUGUAGCCGCUUAAAAACCCUGUAAAACUGUUGAAAAAAUACAUCUGUUAAUUUUUUUCUUAUUUUUUGAAUCUAUCUAUCAAUCUAUCUAUCUAUCUAUCUAUCUAUCUAUCUGUAUAUAUAUCUUUUUUAUUUAGUUUUUUUCAUUCUCAGAUCACAGUGGUUACUUUUAUUAGACGGCAUUUGUGGUUUUAUUGUGUUUUGGUAUGCUUGCUCUAAUCUGUUAUAUGAUUUGUAUGAUUUAGCCCAAAAUCCCCUCUUUGUGCUGCCGUGUUUUGACUGCUGCUCCGCAAGGAAAGUCAGCAGUGUCAACACAAAGGAAAUUUUGUAUUGAAAGCACUCAGUUUGGGAGUUAUUCACUCGGUUUGAUGAGUUUGCUCUGCAGAAACUUCUUAUUACCUUCACCUUCACUUUAAAAACAAGAACAAAAUGAGGACUAUAAAGUCUGUGUGCCUUUACCUACAUUUAGAAGCUUGUUAAUGGAAAUGUGAACCUUUAGUUUGACCUAAAGUUCCAGAUAAUCAGGCUGUGAUUUCAUGAAACAGUUCAGCUGAAGUUCGUCUUUAUAUUUGCAAAUGUGUGAACAAUAAAUUAUAGGGUUUUUAGCUUUUGAAAAUUAUCAGCACAACUGAAAUGAAUUAGUUUUUGGGUUGACAAAUAUUUGAUUGAAAAAUUACUGUUAUACUAUUUGUAAAGGAGGUGUCGGGAAGGAGACCCAAACUUGUGACCUCUAGGAAGGACUGUAUUUAGACUGGUUCAGUUACAUUCAAUCGCCCCAGGUUGUCCGGCCAGAACAAAAGAGAAUGCUAGUUUACACUCAAUCAUGCCACUCUUAAUUCACAAAUGAGAAUUUUCCAUGGUCGCGAUUAUGGUUGUGUUUGAGUUAUUAUUGCUGUGGUUUCUAUAAAAGGACAAAGACAAAAAAAAUACAAUAAGCGAUGACAAUUAUGAAUGUAAUAACACAGUGACAACAAAUUAUGUAUAAAAUAAUGAAAAAGAUUGACUAUAUUACUGAAAUGUUCAUGAAUAUGUGUACCAUUCAACAAAAGAGGCUAUAAUUUACAUAAGGGCAAAAACAGUACAAACAACAUAUAGGCCCUUUAAUACUGUGGCCCCUUUUAUGAAUAAUGCCAAAGAAACACAUUACAAUAUCAAUCCGCCCUCUAAAACACUAAAAACUAAAGCCCAAAUAACAUUUGGCAAAUAAGGGGUUAAUGGUCCCAAUGGACGCGAGGCGAGGCGCACACGCGCUCAUCACGUGAAGGGAGCAUGCUGCCUAACUUCGAGGCUUAUGCGCAGAAUAAAGCCCCCCGAUGAUUAAACGAAACUUUAGCAGACAUAUAACAACAUAAACUGGACAUGACUUACAUUCUCAUGGACACACAACACGAAAGGGGGAAGAAAAGUAUGCCGAGAAGAAGGGGAGAGGACAGAGCGUGUGCCCUCGCCGAAGUCACCUGCAGACUAACAAAAACCAGCGCUACUGAUAUCUGUCUCCUGGCCUAUAUAAUCUGCCUGGAGACACAAAGCAUAUCAGUCUCCAGCAAUCUACACAUGCUUACUUGGGUCUUUUGUGCAUUUGCAAAUGAAGUAUUACCUGUUUAAUUUUGAAAAUGUUAGCGAUACCAUUUUAGCUAUACCAUGUUAGCUAUGCCAUGUUAGCUAUGCCAUGUUAGCUAUGCCAUGUGUUAACUUAGUAUUUUAACUAAAACCUCGGUAUUUUACAAGUGCACUUACCGUGUCUAGAAAUCAGAUUUAUCUGAAGGUUGUAAAAAUACCACUGAAAUGGUAAAGUUGUGUAAAGGUCAUUGAAUGUGUGUGUCUUGUUGACUGGCUGUGAAAGACUGCUAUUUUGUGUAGUUCUUAAUGGGGAGUGCUGAAUGUUUUUUUUUUUUAAAUGCUACAUGCUCUUAAAUAAACCUUGAAGCAAUUUCAUUUAUUAUCUUAUGACAGAAAUGUGAUUGGCAAAGUAAAUAUAAAGCACAGUUCAUUAAAAAUGCAAAUUAUUUAACAAAAAUACAUUUUACGUUUUUUUAAACCAAAUUUUAUUGAACAAAUGUACACACAAAUGCACAAAGUCAUUUCAAAAAGACAUUUUCCAGCAAUAAAACAGGUUGAACAUCCUCAGAUGUUAUUACAUUAGUUGUUAUACACGUUAUAUACAUUAACACGUUAUAAACGUCGCAGACCACAGACGUCAUCAAUUCGGGUCAUGUGAUCGUCUGUAAAUAAAACUUGUAAUAUCUCAGAAAGUAUAGCAGCACAAACGAAAAUUUUAACGGCACAAAUCAGCACAAACGAAGCACUAAAAAAAUAGACCAGUCUGGUUCAUUUUGGAGCAAGCUGGGGGGAUGAUGACCUCUCAAUAACCUAAAAAAUAAUCUUUAAUAUCUCAAAAACUAUAGCAGCACAAACGAAAAUUUUAACGGCACAAAUCAGCACAAACGAAGAACUAACCACUCAGCCUGUUUGCUUGGAUUUUUUUCGUGGGUGGGGGGUCAGCUUCAUCAGCAGGGUGAUCGCUUACACUUUAUUACAAAAAGGAGAAGGAAAAGACAUUAUUAGGCAGCACUAUCAAUAUUAUUAAUUACGCAACACGCGAUGUAUAGCAUUUAUUUAGGUUGAAAUGUCAGGUGCUAAAUUACCAAACAUGUUUGACAGUCAAAGCAUGAUCGUAACAAUCCACAUUUUGUUUUAUUCAUAAACUGCUAUCAAAGUAAAAGUCAAAAAUGGAAAUGAUUAAGUACCACCUGAAAAAGCCCAAGUACCACCAGUGUAGUACUCACACAUAACCACAGUUUGAGCACCACUGGUUUAGAGAACUGUUAAUGCCUAUUUUCUUUAACUACCAUUCUUUAAAAUGAAAUAACAUAAACAUAUGUAUUAUAUAAUUGGCAGACAAACUUUGAAAAACGGUGAUCGAAUGUAAAAGCUUGAAUUGAGAUGUGAAAAUAUUUAUAGUGGUGAAAUUAGAAAAAUUGAAGUUGAACUAAAGUAAAAAUGUGCAUUAGAAUGUACAAUGAUUUUGAGCGAAAAAAGGACAAAACAAUAAGUUGUUUUUGUGUAAAAUUUUAUUUUAGAAUACAGUUGAGUUUUAAGUGUAAUUUUCUGAAAUUAUUAAGUAGGUUUUAUAUAUGAUUUAAGUUAAAAUAAAGUAAUAUAAAAGAAAAAAAUGACUGAAUUUUUUGCUUUAAUCUGACUAAAAAUAUAAGUUUGGUUCAACCUAAAGAAAUAAGUUAAAAAUACUUAUUAUAUUAGUUGUUAUCAAUUGAAACACUUUUUUAAGUUGGUUCAAGUAAAUUCUUUUUAGAGUGUACGCUGAUAUCUAAACACAGAAUUAUAGCGCCACCCUUCCGAAUGCACGCGCGCUCCCGCGGCGGCAGGGGAUACACUUUCUAUCGGGGGAAGCUACUUUGACACGACACCUGCCGCUGUCCCGCUGAUUUUGGAAGUCACUUCCAGGGUGGUCUAUCAUCCUUCUUCACUGCGCCGGUGGUUGGAUGUCUACCAUCCCGCGUAGUCCGUGGCCCCGGGGUGGGUCCAGCUUUAUUCACCGCAUUUCUUGUCUUUUUCCCUUUUUUUUUCUUAUGCUGGGCAGCAGUGGACUGUGUGCCUUUUUGUUGAUUCUGUGAUUUUGAGGGUCCUGGGGUUUCAGUUUGUUGCGCAUUUCUUGGCGUCUUUUUCUCUUUUUUUUUCUUAGGUUGGGCAACAGUGAACUGUGUGCCUUUUCGUUGAUUCUGUGAUUUUGAGGGUCCUGGGGUUUCAGUUUGUUGCGCAUUUCUUGUCGUCUCUUCCACGUUGUGUUCUUUCUUGUCUUGGGCUUGCUCCAAACCUACUAAACUAAAGGCAACUCUCUUUACAGUGCAUUUUCUCGCACAUUGAUUUAGGUGCAAUGGGGCGUCCGUCAAGCCUACAACGCCACAUUCUGAGCAGCAUGCUCCUGAAGGACUUGGCUCAUUAGGUGAGGCCACAAGGGGCUGUACUCCUGCCAUCUCCAUGCACUGAUGCGCUGUUGCCAGCCACCAACAUCUGACAAGCGAUGGGUCUGAUCUCCGCUACACUUAGCAGCUUCUCGUUCCUCGUUUUUAGGAAAUCAUGGAGGCUUACAUCAAGUACUUCAAAGGGAGAAGAAGUACGAUUGUCUCAACAUCGUCCUCCUGACUGACCUUAACACCCAGGCCAGCCCAGAUAAUCUGGAUACUAUUAUUGAAAACCUGAAACAAGCUGGCAUCACCCUGCAAUUCUUUUUGCCUUUCCCUCUGGAGGACGAUGAGGAAGGUCAAGGAGAUGGAGAGAGGAGAGGCCCUGGCCACCCAGGAACAGGCAAAGGUCUGACCAUUGGCAGCGCUCUCUCUAUCCGUAUUGUUGGCUACAAAGCAGUAAGUGGACUGUGGAAAGCACUUUUUUAAUACUUACAUGCUUAUUACAAACAUUACUUGAAUAGCCAUUAUUUAUUGACUGUAUCAGAGAAUCACACUUCUAACAUGUCUUAAUAAAACAGUACUGUUCUGCAACUGUACUGUUGUUUUGCUGCAAAUACUUUGGUAUUGGGCUGUACAGUUAAUCGGAUAAUAAUCACAAUCACAGUUUUGGCUUCCCACUUUCAAAUGGACAUCAUCGACUGUGAUAUUGAGGUUUAAAAUGCAUGCUGUGUUUAUAGAAAACAGCCUGUGUAGAAACAAAAACACUUCAGAUGAGGUAAAUCUGACAGUAAACUGCCUUUUUCACCCUCUUCAAAAUAAUUUGUAGUCAUUCAAUGUAAUAUUUGGUCACACACUUGUUGUUUGCAGUGCUGUAACUGAGUAGAGAGACCAGAGAAUUCUCAAGCUAGCACCAGUGUAGGAGUAAAAAAUUCAGUAAAUUGUACUCUCUGUUCAUAAGCAUGCUCAGCAAGUGAGGCAUUUUGGAGAUAAUUACAUUUAUAUAAAAACAUUUAUAUUCUGCAUCUAGGACGCCCUAAAUUUGUGAACAAUCCUAGGAGCUUCAGUAGAAAGCAACUGGUCUUCUCUUUUAGGUUCUUGAAGACAUUUCGUCUCUCCAGGUUCAGUUGCUUUCUGCUGAAGCUCCUACAAUUUACAGUGACCUGGAUGACUGAAAAUCUACAAAGAUAUCACAGCAUAAUUGUUAUCUUAAUAUUUAUCAGUAUAUUUCAGAUUAUUGUUUGACCAUAAUCAUUCAGCCCUAUUUCAGUGGUUUUUAACUAAACUUUAACUUCACAUUCCUACCUGUCCCUUCUUGGUUACUGCAACAGGACAAAUCUAGGUCUAGAUCUAGUCUGACAUGUUUUAUAAUAUUUCAUGCAAACAUACAGAAGAUGGUUCGUCAGCAAUAGAGCAAUAAUGAAGAAUUCACUGUUUAGACAGGCUGUACUGAAGGGAGUUCCUCCAGCUGUUAAUGAGGCCAUGGAAGGAAAUCCAGAUAUUCCUGGGUGCACUGGUGAAGUGUGGGAGAGACAUUUCUCUCAUCACAUGUGUAGAGCACAAAUCAAAACCAACAAAGAGAAAUUUGAGGUGGAGAGUCAACAGGUGCGCCUUUUAAAAUUACAAUUGGAUAAAGCUAGACAUGAAGUGAAUGAUGCAAAGAAACAAAUUAAACUAGUGAAACAAAUGAUGCAGCAGGAACGGCAACCAGUACCUCCAUACACACCUCCUUUGCCCGUCCAAUACUAUCCUCACCUCAACCUCCACCUCAAUAUGGCGGACAGGGUUAUUACAGAGGGGCUCCGGGAAGAGGUAGAGGCAGGGGAGGAUUCCGGGGACGAGGCGGGGUGCCGGGAGUGGGCCAUGGGUGUGGACAGCCUGGACAUUGGUGAAGGGACUGCCCCACCAAUCCACCCACACAACAGGGACAGCCAUUGAUGCAGCAGGCACCUGCUAGAGGGAGAGGAGGACACCAGGCGGCUUGUGGAGUGCAACUGAGAGCUGCCUUUUCUUGUGGCUACACGGGCGACGUAUUCCACAUUGAACUGUGAUGUUGAUCCUUCUUACUCCUCUUCCUUGACUGUUGAAGUGACCGGUUUCUCUGGGGUGUCUACUAAGGUGCCAGUAACAAGGCCUUUGACCACAGCUGUGGCUGGCCAGACUGUGAAACAUCGAUAUGCACGUUCCAAACAAUCUCCCACCAGUCUCAUGGGAUGAGACCUACUCAUUAAGUUGGGAGCUUCGGUGCUGUGUUCAUCUGAUGGCAUCACCCUCACGUUUUCAAAUGGUCAAGCAGUGAACCGUUCCCUGCAUAGUCCUGUCUUUCACAGCAGGAUGAUGCUUUGCGCCAACACAUCACCUGGUGCACCUGGACAGUGGGCUGACAUCUAUUGGGGUCGUUACUACACACAGGAGACAGAGGAGAAUGAUGCUAUGGUCGCUGAGCCAAUCAGAGCCCAACGCUGUACACUAGACAUUUUGUUUCAAUUGAAUAUUCUUUUAAUAUGUUUUAAUUCUUAUUUUUUUAUAUAUAUCUUAUGUUGUUUUCUAUUUUUUAGGCUAGAAAAUGCUUGUUUUAAUGCAAAAAUAAUUAGAAUGCUGUUAGCUAUGACUGAACUGUUGUGCUGCAAUGCACCAUAGGAGUUCGGGGUGUAGGGGGCUUAAAUGUCAUUAUUGUGGUUUAUGUUAGUGUUACAGUGUUAUUAGUGUUUGUGUUUUAUUGUAUUUUUGUCCUAGCCUAGUUAGUUUGGUUAAGUGUUAUGUUGUCAGGACCAUGAGUGUGAAGUGUAGUGUGUUUGAUGACUUCCUGCCAUAUUUUUAGUGUUGUCAGUGUCUCUGUGUCAAAAUAAAAGCAUCUGGUAGUUGCAUAGUGCAUAAAAGGCAGAUGUUCGUUCUCCAGAAUCGUUCAUCAAUGCAGCUCACCACAAUAAUAAAUAUAGAAAAAUAGCUAUACAGCAAAAUUCUGCGAUGUAGCGGAUAAUCUGCGAUACCAAAUGCAAUUUAAAAAUCCACGACACAGUGAGACCGCGAAAAGUGAACCACGAUAAGGCGAGGGACCCUUGUAUAUAUAUUAAAUGUUAAAUACACUAAGUGUUGUGUUGAUAAUGGAAAAAUGCUGUAAUAUUUAUAACAGGUCACAUCAACUUUAUUUCAUAUGAUAUUUUCAUGUAAACUUUCCCAAAAAAACAUUUUUUUUAUGAAGCACUACCGUAAAAUCCAUAAUAUCAACACAUUUCUUUACUGUAAAUGAAGAAAAUGCUUUCCCGUAAUUUUACGGCAGUGUUCUGGCAACCACAGCUGCUGGUAUUUUACUGUAAAAAUACUUUUUCUUUACAGCGUAUUUGUCGUUGUGUACUGUCCUCCUAAGACCUGUUCCAGUAAGUUCAACAUGACUUCCUCAAGCCUAAUAACCAAUCCUAGCAAUAAGUGUGUUCACACAAACGGGGUAUUGUUAACUCCAGAGGUCUAACUGCAGCAUGGGAGGUGUACAAUUACAUAUGUCUCACAAAAAGAACCCACUAUACACUUAAAUCAAUAUACGCAAUUUAAAAGUACAACACUGACUAAAAGCAACACAGCUGCUGCGUGCAAAGAAGGAUUGAAAACUAGCAAAACACUGCAGACUGUGUAAAUGCCUAAUUUAAAUAGGCUGAUCAAUUUUACUGCUUUACAAGUACAUCUCGCUAUAUACAACUGUGUAUUCUAUUGAAUUAGUGUGUUGCUUAGAUGAUUUCCUUCAGCAUGUAAGAUAAUUUACUCUUUCAGCUGGAGCCUCUAGUGGUGUAAAACAGUCUUGGGAUCAAGUAAAGAACAAAUAUGAAAACAUAAUUCAAACUGGUAAGUUGGUUUACUGUAAAUCUUGCAAGGUCAACAAGUACAAUGCUUCGGUGCUGUAAUAUUUUUUUUUAAAUUUAAGAAGUCUCUCUUUUAGGAUUAUAUUACCUGUAGAAAAAUAAAUUGUAUUGAAAUUUCUUGCUGUCAACACACACACACACAAAAAAAAAGGCACAAAGACAAUCUCAAUCUGAUGCUCAUCAGAGAAACCAGAGUUCUGACAGAGUCUAAAAAGUUGUCUUUGAAGGAGAUGUGACAGUCUCAGCCUUUGGCUGUGCCUGCUGCUGCUCCUCUCCCUCCUCCCUUCCUGAGGGUGGGCAGGGCUACCUGGAGCUGCCUGGCUCCUCCUCUCCUCCUGGGCCUUUUAAACUGAUGCAGUACACCUGGCUCUCUCGGCUCCUGCGCCCUGGCCAUCAUGCUGCCCUUUUGUUCUUUCUUUAUUCUAGUUUAGUUUGAUUAAUCUACAUAUCCACACACCACAUACACCACAACACUUGCACACAUACUGAUCCACACUUUUCACGUUCUAUUAUUUAAAUAAACAUUUUGUUAAACCUUUGAUUUCGUGUGGUCUCCCCUCUUUGUUACUUCUCAUCAAGCCAGAGUAGUAACAAGUGGGGGCUCGUCCUCGGAGACAAAACCUGUUUUUUGGGUGAGUUGGUAAAUUCUUACUCUCCUACCCAAUACAUUUGUUAAAUUUGUUUGAAUUUUGGUUUAGUAUUGUGUGUAACUUUGGUUUUGGGGAGACUGCACAUGUUUUGUUAAGUUGGGUCAGUUUUUGUAAUUUGGGUUGUAGUUUGUUGUUUAGUUUGGCAGCAUGGUUGGCCAUGGGUUGGAGCAGAUUUAGUGGCAAAACCUCAGUUUUUUGGUCCAGUUAGUGAAGCCUGUUUUUUAGUUUGUUAAAGUUUUUUGUAUUUUUGGAAAGCUUGGAAGCACUUCUUUGAAUUGGGGCUUUCUCUUGUAGGUUUGGGGGCUUGCUCUUUUGGUUAAGCCUUUUUUCUGUUCGUCACAGUCAAGCGGUUAGUGUUCACCGUACAGGUUUCCUGUUCUGAGUGUUCUCGGGAGCACCUCCAGGUUUCUAGGUUUGUCCUGGUAAUGCUGGUUUCGAGUGCGUCAGUACCCGCCGCAGUACUGUGUGAAGACUAGGGUUGAGUUUAGUUUUGGUUAGGUAGCGGGGGAGCCUCAGUUCGUAGUGUUUUUUUCAGCUUUUUCCAGUUUUUUUUCUUCACAAUGGCUUCAGUGGAGAGUUUUCUUCAAUCGCCAUCAGAUGAGCUGCUGAAUAGUUGUACCAAGGAUCAACUGUUAGAGCUAGUUCAACACUAUGGCAUUGAUGUUGGAGAUGGAAAGCUCAAAGAUGAAAUUAAGUUGUGCUUAAGGUCUGUUUUAGUUUCGAAAGGGGUUUUGCCAGGGAAAGACGGAACUGUAAUUAAUUUUGAGGGUUUUUCUUUAACUUUUGAACAAAAAAGGGAAUUAAUUAGGUUAGAAAUGGAGAAAGAAAAAAUGGCAAUGGAGCAGUUAAGAAUUGCACUAGAGAGGGACAAAGUUCAACUAGAGCAGGACAGGUUAAAAAGGGAUUCAUCUGACAAUGCUAGUCAAAGAAGGGAGUUUGAUUUAGUGUCUAAUUUACGUCUUGUUCCUAGGUUUGAUGAGAGUGAUCCAGAUACAUUCUUUUCACUGUUUGAGAGGGUUGCUAAUUCCAGAGGUUGGCCUGAUUCAGAGCGAGUAGUAAUGUUGCAGUCAGUCUUUACAGGGAAGGCUCAAGCAGCGUAUUCAGCCCUAGGUGAACGUGAGAGUAGGGUGUACAAAACUGUCAAAGAAGCUGUGUUAAAGGCUUAUGAGUUAGUUCCAGAGGCUUACAGACAGAGGUUUAGGUCUUGGAGGAAGUCUGAGAGGCAGUCCCAUGUCGAGUUUGCUAGAGAUCUGACUAAACAUUUCAAUAGGUGGUGCUCUGCUUUAGAUGUUAAAUCCUAUGAGGAACUUUGUGAUGUGAUAGUUCUUGAGCAGUUUAUUGAUUGUGUUCCACCAGAAGUUGCCACUCACAUCAUAGAGCGAGGGAUUUCUACAGUUUCUGAAGCAGCCACUGUUGCUGAUGAGUACAUUUUGGCACACAAAGGGAAAAGUAGGAAAAGCUAUCCCAUAGAUUUUUCUACAGUUAGACCUGCUAAUCAGUCUAGGUUUGGUAGGUUUGAGUCUGCUAGGCCUAGUCGGUUUUCGAAGUCUACAAAUUUUGAUUCAUUGUGUAAUUAUUGCCAUGAAAGGGGUCACUGGAAGUCUGAUUGUCCUGGUUUGAGAAACAGAGGAGUUCAUCCUAGUGGUAAAGUUAAACCUGCUGCAUUUACAGCACUAGCCAGUAGGAAGCUGUCUCCAAUCUCAGGUGCUAGGGCUAGGGACUAUUCUGGAUUCGAAGCAUUUGUUUCAGAUGGUUUUGUGUCCCUUAGUGAUACUGAUUGUAAAGUGCCAGUGAAAAUUUUGAGAGAUACAGGAGCGACUGAUUCAUUCAUUAGAGCUUCAGUUUUGCCAUUUUCCAAAGACAGUGAUACAGGUGACUGUGUGAUAGUUAGAGGAGUUAGUUUGGUUCCGUUGAGUGCACCGUUGCAUAAAGUUUUCUUGACUUCAGGAUUUGUUGAGGGAAAUGUUCAUAUUGCAGUUAGACCAGCUCUACCAUUAAACGGUGUAGAUGUGAUCUUAGGUAAUGACUUAGCCGGUGACCGUGUUUGGCCUUCUGGGGGUCCUGUAAAAGUUUCAACUCGGAAGGAACCAGACGACUGUGAGCGGACCUUUCCAGAGGUGUUCACCGCUUGCGCUGUUACCAGGGCCAUGGCAAAGGCUAAGUCGGACACUGAAGAUUGUGAUUUCAAACUUGACUUUCAAUUACCCGAGUCUCUCUCUGUCUCUCAGCAGGAGUUGGUCACUGAGCAAAGGGCAGAUGCAUCCUUGAGCGAUCUGUUUGACCAAGUGCAGCCCACUCAAGAGGCAAAAAGUUCAGCAUCUGGGUAUUUUCUGCAGGAUGAGGUACUGGUUAGAAAAUGGAUUCCCCAAAGGACUGAUCUCCUGGGAACUCCAAUCUUUCAAACUGUAGUUCCAACAAAGUUCAGAGAAGAAGUUUUGUCUUGUUCCCACAAUCAAACUGGGCAUUUAGGAGUUAACAAAACAUACCAUCAUAUUCUCCGUUAUUUCUUUUGGCCUCGUUUGAAACGUGACGUUGCAUCCUUUAUUAAAACCUGUCAUACAUGUCAACUCACUGGUAAACCAAAUCAGUCCAUUAAACCAGCGCCGCUUCGUCCAAUACCUGCUAUUGAAAAUCCAUUUGAACAUUUAAUAAUUGAUUGCGUCGGUCCCUUACCAAAGUCAAAAUCUGGUUCUCAGUAUCUGUUAACUGUCAUGUGCUUGGUAACUCGCUAUCCAGCCGCAUAUGCUUUACGUAACAUAACUGCCAAGUCUGUUGUUAAGGCUUUAACAAAUUUCAUUGCUAUCUUUGGAAUACCAAAAAUCAUCCAAAGUGAUCAGGGCUCAAAUUUUUCAUCUCAUCUCUUUGCCCAAGUUUUGGAACAACUUGGUGUUAAACACAAUCAGGCUUCAGCAUAUCAUGCACAGAGCCAAGGAGCACUAGAAAGGUUUCACCAACCUCUAAAAUCAUUGUUGCGUUCUUAUUGCACAGAGUUGAACAGGGAUUGGGAAGAAGGGUUGCCUUGGUUGCUCCUAGCAGCUCGAGAAGUUUGUCAAGAGAGUACUGGCUUUAGUCCAAAUGACCUAGUUUUUGGCCAUAAAGUGCGGGGUCCAUUGGCAGUUCUUCAUGAUAACUGGGCUAAAGAUGAACCUCCAGCUAAUCUAUUAGACUAUGUUAAUGGUUUCAGACAUCGUCUUUAAACGGCGGGUCAAUUGGCUAAACAAAAAUUGGCAAAAGUUCAAAGUAAAAUGAAAACUUUGUAUGACAGACAUUCUGAGAAGCGACAAUUUAGUGAGGGGGAUCAAGUUUUGGCAUUGUUACCUAUUGCGGGGUCACCAUUUCAAGCAAAGUUUCAUGGUCCUUAUACAGUAGUGAAACAACUUUCUGAUCUGAACUAUCUCAUUGCAACUCCUGAUAGGAAAAAAAGGCAUCAGUUGUGCCAUAUUAACCUCCUAAAACCCUACUUUGUUCGUGAGUCUUUAGUUAUGACUGUUUGUGAGGAACAUCAGCCCACUCUUCAUGGGGGGGGGGAAGUGGCAAUGCCAGAUGAGGCUGUGCUUUGUGGUCGCCUGAAAAAUUCAGAAACACUGAAAAACUUAGAUUCACUAUUGUCCCAUUUGCCAAAUGAAAGAGCUAAACAACUUAAAGACCACACAUAAAGCUCAAAGGGAUUUUCUAGGAAUAGUGAUGCUAUUUUCCAAGGGAGUCAGUUGGUUAGUAGGUGAUGUUUUUAUAUGUGUUGAUCUAUUAUCUCAAACAUGACCUGCUCCGGAGUAGGUUGGAUGUGCAGAACAACUUGACGUGACAGUGUAGCUUGGUGAGAAAUGAAUCACCAUCUUAGCCCUGAAAUCCCAGAGUUAAACCUGGAGUUAUCUGGCUAACCUCGAAUCCUGCUUCACCGUACAGGCUUCUGACCCUUACUCAGAGUGUUCAUCUGAAUUCUCAAACUUUUCUUUCUGAAGUAGUGAUUGGUAGAGGUAACACAAUUGUACUGGAUGACAGACUCAACACUGCUUUUAAUUACUUUGCCGCAGAGGUGGGGCCUCAGUGGUUUGUGUGUCUGUCUCACUGUUAGCAACAUGACUCACAAACGGACUUACAGAUUUGGAUGAAAUUUUUCUGGGAAGGUCAGAAAUGACACAAGGGGCACCUGAUUAGAUUUUGGCAGUGAUGCAGCUUAUAGUCUGGAUUCACGGAUUUGUUACAGAUUUCCAUAUCAUUGCGAGAUAGUGGCAUGGUGUCACUGUAACUAUGACAACAAGUGAACACUACGUCAGCUGCCUGCUGACGAUCACAUGAUUGCAAUCCUACUACAAAUCAACCGCUUCGGACUUAUCGGGACUUAUCCGUCGGAAAUUAUACGACUGAGUAGCUUUGGCGGAGUAGUGCGCUCUCUGAGUGCUUUUCUAGUUAAUUAUGGGACUCAGCUGGUUUUUCUUAGCAUGUAAAUAAACUUACUUUCUCUUUAAAUCAUACUUUCGAUCAUGUUCUGACAUAUGGCGUAGGACCUGAACAUUUAAUAUUGUUUCCUCAAAACCCUCUUUUGUCUCACCAUUUUUUAAAAAAUUAAGCAUGAAUUGAAAAUAACGAACUACACUGCAUUAGGCAAGAAAUUCCACCACAGUAAUGUCUACCUGCUUUAAGGAAAUUAUUCCAUUAUCAUUUAAGGCAUUGAGCCUUAAUUUACCUCUGAACCUGACUAUACUCUCGCAUAGUCUUACUGAUAGUCCUCCAGUCUCACUACGUACAAUACUUGACAUUGGUGCGCAACAGCCCUGUUAAAUCUAGAAUAGAAUUCAAAAUCCUUCUUCUGACAUAUAAAGCUCUUAACAACCAAUCUCCAUCAUAUCUUAAAGACCUGAUAGUACCAUAUUACCCUAGCAGAACUCUUCGCUCUCAGACUGCAGGCUUACUUGUUGUUCCUAGAAUCCCUAAAAGUAGAAUGGGAGGCAGAGCCUUCAGUUAUCAGGCACCUCUCCUGUGGAACCAGCUCCCAGUUUGGGUUCGGGAGGCGGACACCCUCUCUACUUUUAAGACCAGGCUUAAAACCUUCCUUUUCGACAAAGCUUAUAGUUAGGGCUGACUGGGUGACCCUGACGGGGUGAGCUGGUGUUUUCAUUUGCACAACUGACUUCCCCUCUUGACGUCCCUUUAGUUUGCCCCUAGUUAUGCUGCUAUAGGCCUAGGCUGCUGGGGAACCUCUCUGGAUGCACUGAGCCCUUCUCUAACUACCUAUGUAUUUACUAUAUAUACCAUUAUUGCAUUACAUUCACUCUGUUUCUUUCUGUGUCCUUUCUCCGAGUGUCCCUGGUCCCAGAGCUGGAUGCUGGAUGCUUCAGAUGUGUGGCUGUGUUUUAUGGUCCUUGUGUCCCACCCCCCCACCUCUCUAUCUCUACCCCUCUAUCUGUAUCCCUCUAUCUCUACCUCUACCCCUCUAUCUCUACCUCUUCUGUCCCUCUCAACCCGCCCGGCCAGCAGGCAGAUGGGUCCCCCCACAUUAGAGCCGGGUUCUGCUCGAGGUUUUUUUCCCUGUUAAAAGGGUGUUUUCCUUGCCACUGUCGCCUUUUGGCUUGCUCUGGGGGUCAGGCAUAUGGGUUCUGUAAAGCGUCUCGAGACAAUUUGACUGUAAUUGGCGCUAUAUAAAUAAAAUUGAAUUGAAAAAUUGAACAGAAAAAGAAGGCAAUGAAUGUGAAGAGGCACUUCUGUACAGUACACAAAUCUACACUUUAAAGCACUCAUUGAUAAAAGCUGGAAAAAAGGUGGCAUUCCACUACUUGAGAAUAACUUCACAUAACCAAGAAACAUAUUCUAAUAAAUUUAAAACUGAAAGAGCUCUCUGCAAUGCCAGGACAGCAAAUUCUUCAUCUUUAAGAGGAAAACAAGAACAUCUGCAGGUUUUUUUUCAGCAGAGUAGUCAGGAAGACCAAGAGUUACAGCUCCGUGGAGCCUUGCAUUCUUUUUGCUUUCAGUAAUAAUGACUUCAUGAGCUUCUUUACAUAUUGAAACUAUUAGAGUAAAAAAACAGCACAUCCUUCACACAACUGCCUUCGAUGUAUCAUUAAGUACAGCUUUAGAAUGUCUGUAAGACCUGAUUUAUAUUAUUAUUCUCUCCCUUUCUCUCCUAACUCAUUUCAGCAAUUACUUCAUCCUAAUCAUCAACAUGUCAUUUAGGCUGCAUCCCAAAUACACUGCUUAAGGAUGUUUUUCCCUAAUUGACACAUCCAUAUUAGAUCUGAUUAAUCUAUCUGUAUUAAUGUACUGGAGGCUUUUAAGUUUGCUUUAACAAAACCUCUACCUAAAAAGCCUACUCUUGAUCCAGGUGCCUAAGACAACAAUGGACUUAAAUCUAACCUGCCUUUUAUUUCUAAAGUCCUCAGAAAAGUAGUUGCAAGCCACUGAUGUGACCAUCUGUACAGAAAUGGUUUGUUUGAAGAGUUUCAACACUGGUAAAAGUCACCAAUAAUGUCCUUAUAGCCUCAGACAGUGGACCCCGUAUAGCUGCUAGAUCUCAGUGUUCCGUUUGACACCACUGAUAGCAGAAUUUAAUUACAAAGAUUGUAUAACCCAUUCCUGGGUAAGCACACCUCGCUCUAGGUUCAGGAAGAGCUAAGUAUAAAUAAGUGCAAAUGACCAAAAACAUACUGGAGUUUGCAUUAACUGCAACUUUAGUUGCAUAAAACAUUAAACAUUCACAUACAAAAACACAACAACUGGGCCCAUAAGAAAAGAAAAGAAUACUGUCCUUUUUCUGAAUUUGUCCUUUCACAGGCAUUUGUUUCAGCUGUCCCGUUCCUUUGGUUGCUCUUCUGUUUUGAGUUAAGUACAAAGUCAGUGUCAAGUAAGUCGAGGCUGAUCAGAUAUGUAUAAAUGAUCUGUUCAGUUAUGUCAGACUUAGUAGGAUAAUGUCAUUCACGUUUGAAUUGUUAAGAAGUUGUCACAAGUGCACUCUAAGUAUGUCGGUUCAAGUUGUAACGAGUCUUGGAGACUGGCAAAAUCCUACCACUGGGCAGAUCAUCCGUUGUUUAAGUGGCUGUGCAGAUUCUGGAGAUCACACUGGGAGACUCGCCAUCUACUGGAAUCAAUGGAAGUUCUUCACGGAUCUUCUCGCACGACAAAAAAGACCUAACCUGCAUUCACAAACAUGCUUAUAGUCAUUGUCCUAUUUCAUCUCAUUUCUAGUUCACAUUUCUCUUAAGUUUUACAUUUGUCUCCUUUUAAAAUGUUACAAAUCAGAGGAGGCACUACUUACCGUGGGCCGACCCAUCACCAUUAGGGGCUUUCGACCAAAGAGCACCAGGUGCUAGGUUGGUUCAAAGUUGAGAGCCAGUGCUUUUUUUGGUUCAAAUCUCGUGCAGCCCCAGAACGGGUUUGUGUUUCCAUUCAGAAGGAGCAAAGUUGGAGCUGCGUCAUUGCGCCAUCACAAAAUGUGUGUGCGUCACUACGUACGUAGCCGUUCAACAGCGUUCACGCCGUACGGAAACCCACACAACAACAAUGGAGGACUUCAUUGGAGUGGUGUACAUGGCUUUGCUAGUGUGUCUCGCCAUCGCUGAACAGCAAAACCUUCUGUUAGGGGUUACCCAUCGGCGUCGCCGUUCCAAUGCCCGGCAAUCACGUUUGAGAAGAAAGGUAAUUAUCAAAGAUGUUUGGAUACUUAACAGUAAACGUGCUAGCGUUAGCUUAGCUACUUAGCUUCGACUAUGCUUGCAUUGAUUACUUAGCGGUUAAACACGUGCAAUAAGUUGAUGAUCAUAUCUAUGUUUAUCUUUUUAGAUGUUUUUAGAUGUCACCCCGCCCUCUGCCCGUGACGUGCUCGGCUCUCAACUCUGGCCACCUCUGGCCCAGCUACGAGUUGGUGCCCGAAACGGCCCCAGUUUAUGGAGCCCGGAGCCGCAGCUCCGGUGGUCGAAACACAAAAAACCGGCGCCAAGUCGGGCGCCGGCUCCAACUCCGAACGGGCUCCACCCCGGUCGAAAAGAGGGUCAUGACAACCCUGCCGGGCCCCAAAGCUCUAGUGGCACCUCUCAGGAAGAAACCGACUACCUAAGAGAGCACUACCACAACAUGAGCAUUCGAAUCAAGGAGCUCAUCGCUGAGAACCAGCAGUACUCCUUCAAAGAUGCUGAGCUCUAAGGCCAGGAUCGAGCACCUGCAGGAGAUUCUGCUGGAGAAAGAGAAGGAGCUACAGGAUGAACACCAGCAGAAUGAGGAGAGAAUCUCAGUCCUGGAAAUGCAGCUCAGAGAGCGCAAGGAGGCCGAAGAACCGGCUGAGAACACCAUCGAGUCUGAUGAACAACAGGACUUUGAGGUUUCCUUUGAGAACAUGAAAAUGUUGUCCAUGAGUUGGGGAGACUACAUGGACGAUGUCAAUGAAAUGUAAGAGCAGCUGGAACUCAAAGACAGAGGGAUCUUGAAACUCAAAAAGGAGAACCAGAGUCUCUCUGCUGCUCUCAGAGCUGCCCAGAACCUGCAGAGAGAUGAAGGCAAAUCUCUGGAGGACAGCAAAGAGUUGAUGAGGGAAGAAAAGAGGUUCAGAAAGCCAAGAAAGAGCUUGAGCAGAGGACAAAAGAUCUGGACAAGGAAAAGAUCUUUCUGGAGGAACAACAGAAAGAACUCCAGACACACCAGACAGAGCUGGAGCAGAAGGACAAAGAUCUGCAAGAAAAGAAGAUCCUUCUGGAGAAACAAGAAGAAGAACUCCAGACAAACCAGAAAGAGCUCAAACAGAAGAGCAAAGAUCUGCACGAGGAAAAGAUCUUUCUUGAAAAACAGUAAAAAGAACUCCUGAUAAACCGGAUAGCAACUGAGCAGAAGGACAAAGGGCUUCAAGAAAGAAAGAUGUGUCUGGACAAGCAGAAAAAAGAAGUCCAGACAAGUAAGAGAGAACUCGAGCAGCAGAGAAAAGAUCUGCAAAAAGAGAAGAAUCACUUCUCGAGCUUCUAACAAAGAGAAUUCAGAAGUGGAGGAACAGAGGAAGAUUCUGGACGAGAAACAGAAAGAACUGGACGAGGUGAAAGAGAAAAUGAAGGAGGCUUAUCUGAAGAUGAAAGAGGAGAAAAGUGAAAAAAAACAUGAAGACAAAACUAGAGAUGAGCGAGAUCCUGGAGCAAAAAAAUCUAAAAAUUCAGGGAAAGACUGAGAAACUGGAGGAAGAAAAGAAAAAAAUAGAAGAAGAGAAUAAAAGACUCCAGCACAAGAAAAAAGAAUUGGAGCAAGAAAAGACAGAAAUGGAGGUGAAGUAUGAGAAUCUGCAGAGCGAGAACCAAGAACUGAAGCAGCAGAAAACAGAAACAGAAGACAGAAAUAAAGAGCUGCAAGAAGACAAGAUGAAGCUGCAGGAAGAGAUUCAAGACUUGGAGGUGAAGCAGCAAGAAAACGAGCAACAGAAGAAGAAGAAGAAGGUGGGCUGCUGGAGCUGGACGUUCAGGAAGUCCUGAGGUGGACGAGGCUCAUGAGCUUCCUUUGAUUCACCCCUUCCUCACCCUCCACUCGCCCCUUUUCUCCCUCCUUCAACUCUCAUCCUUUCUGCCUCCACCUCCCCCAUCCUUCCUCCAUCUCAUCUUCACCUCUCCAUCCUCCCUGCAUGAUCCAAAAACACCUUCCUCACCUCUUCAACCUCACCCCGCCUUCUCUCUACCUCACCCCAACCCUAACCCACACCCCCCCCAAAAAAAAUCCCCCAAAAACUAAAAAAAAAAACUAAAAUAUUUCUUCAUGUUUCUGCGUAUUCUCCAUGUUACUUAUGACCUCGGUUUAAUUACCAGCGUUACUUUUUACUGUUGUAUUCUAGCUGUAUUUUAAUUUGCUUGUUUUAUUUCAGUGAUGUGGAUUAAAGCUUAUUUGCAGAUAUACUCAUGUCUGCAAAUAAAAGAAUAUCAAUUCUCAGCAAUAACAUUAAAAAGAAACACAUUAAUCCACCAUGUUUUCCUCAGAAAACUCUGACCUCAUGUAUUAUAUGUGACUUUAUCUACUGUAUGUGAUUACUAGCAGCUACUGCUAGAAAAAGUCUAAACUUUCUUGUAUUUUGUGGUGGUUUUGUUCAUCACUUGUUGUCUCCUAAAUCUACAUUUGAUAGCAAAAAUGUAGAUUUCUGUAAUAUUUUUUUGCUCAUGAUUAAAAGAUUUUUAAAAUAAAGAAUCAAAAUCUAUAAAGCAGAACCAGAGAUAUCAUCUUUUUUAUCCUACUCAUCUUUCUUCUUUGUCAAAACCCAAUGCCUACAUUACCCACAAUGCAGCAGUUUGCGCAAUUUGAUGUGCAAAAUGUGUAACAUUUCAACUUUGGGUGAAAUAUUUUAAUUACAUGUACAAUAUUUGACUUUCAUGUACAGCAUGGCAUUAUAAUGUACAGUAUUUCCUUAUUUUACAUAAUAUUUUACUAUUUUAUUAUUUUAUUUUUUAGUAUUACUUCUUUCUUUUCUAUUUUUACUGUAUGUAAAAAUACAGACUU